AUGCCCAAGAUGGCCCGCCCUCGGCAUAAUACGACCGCCUUGCCUCGGGAUCUACGAUCUGAGCUCGGAAUCCGCGAUGUCUACGGUGACAAGAAGCGUCGCCUUAACGGACCUGCUUCGCGCAAAGAACGCCGCCAAAACGAGCGUACGCAGAAGAAAUCCCGACAUGCAGCCCCGCCGAACAAGAAGAGCUUCGAGCGCCCGCAGCAGAGGCCUCAGCAAAAACCACAACAGCAGGCUCGGGAUGACAGCGAUGAGGAAAUUGGGGACGAGGACCUUGACCUCAACUCGGACGACAUGGAUCUCGACGAGGGACCCAGUGCGCCGCAGACCAAGUCUAAAUCCACGAAAGAUGCCGCGAAGAAGCCCAAAUCUAUUCUGAAGAAAGAAGCGGUCAAACAAGACUCCGAGUCCGAGUCUGAGCCUGAGUCCGGGUUCGGUUCAGAAAUCGAUCUCGAUGAGGAUGAGGAUGAGGAUGAAGAUGAAGAUGACGAGUCAGAUGACGAGUCGGAAGAAGACGCCUACGAGGAUGAACCUAAAGAAACCGAAGCCCACAUCCCAGGAUCGGUCAAGUCUAAGUUGGCGCAAGACGAUGCCGAGAUUGCUGCGUUGGAGAAAAAGCUUGGCCUCAAGAAAGGAGGUAAACUAUCAAAGGCAUUUGAGGAGGAUGGGCUGGAGGAUUUGCUGGGAGACCUGGGUGGUGGCGGCGGCGGCGGCGAUGGCUCAGAGGAUGAGAGCAAAAAGCGCAAACGAGAAGCCGAUGAUUGGCUACGAAACAAGAGACUCAAGGCCAAGAGCUUGCAAGCUCAACAACUCGAAAAAGAGGAUAGUGAAAUGGAUAGCGCCGAGGAUCUCGAUCUCGACGAGGAAAUCUUUGGAGGCGAUGAUUCUGACGAGGCCGCCGAAGGCAGUGAUUUCGAUGGCUUCGACGAGGAAGAGCGCAAAGAACCAAAAAAGAGGGAAAAUCCUUAUAUCGCCCCGGUCACAAAACCUGAACCCACCGCUCAAAAGUACAUUCCGCCUUCAUUACGAGGUCGCUCCGACCCGGAAAGCGAAUCUCUCACUCGUCUCAAGCGUCAAGCCCAGGGACAUCUCAACAAGUUGUCCGAGGCCAACAUGCUCUCGAUUGUUGCCGAAUUCGAAAAGCUUUACCGCGACUACCCACGCCAACACGUCACAUCUACUUUGAUCAAUCUACUAAUGGGCAUGAUCUGUGAGAGGGCUGCCCUCCAGGACACCUUCCUUAUUCUGCAUGCAGGUUUCAUUGCGGCGUUGUAUAAGCUCAUGGGAAUGGACGUUGGCGCUGAGAUCGUCCAAACGGUUGUCGAGACAUUGGAUGCUGAUGGUGACGAGCGUGGAAAGUUCCAAGGAAAAGAAGCUACCAACUUGGUCUCUCUUCUCUCGCAACUUUACAAUUUCCACGUCAUCGGUUCUUCCUUGAUGUUUGACUACGUUCGUCUUUUCGUGCAGGAGAUCACGGAAUCAAACACCGAACUCUUGCUCAAGGUUAUUCGGAAUUCUGGCCCUCAACUCCGACUCGAUGACCCGUCUGCACUCAAGGAUAUCGUAUUGCUCAUUCAGCCAGCGGUCGCAAAGGCUGGCGAGGAUAGUCUCUCUGUCCGAACAAAGUUUAUGAUUGACCUAAUCACGGAUUUGAAAAACAACCGCUCGAAAGCUUCGGCGGCAGCCGGUGCAGGCAUCACUACAGAACACAUUACCAGAAUGCGCAAGAUUUUAGGUUCUUUGAACAGCUCUCGGACGAUCCGCGCGUCCGAACCUAUUAACAUCUCCCGUGACGAUAUCCACAACUCCUCCAAGAAGGGCAAGUGGUGGUUGGUCGGCGCAAGCUGGAAGGAAGAUCCUCUUGUAACAGCACAAAGAGAAAUGGCUGGUGUACAAAUGCCCCAACAUGAAGUCGGAGAUGACGAAAGCGAUGGCGAGCCUGACUUUGGAGUUCUCGCUCGAGCCCACCGCAUGAAUACAGACGUUCGUCGGUCGAUCUUCGUUGCCAUCAUGUCUGCCAACGACUUCCAAGAUGCACAUGUCCGACUCAUGAAGCUUCGUCUCAAGCGGGCGCAGGAGUUUGAAAUCCCUCGUGUCCUCUUGCACUGUGCUAUGGAGGAACAGGCCCAUAACCCAUACUAUUCUCUGAUUGCGCGUCGGAUUUGCGGUGAUCAAGGUCGACGCAUCAAAGUGUCCUUUAUGUUUGCACUUUGGAAUAUGUUCAAGAAGAUGGGUGAGCGAGGAGAUAUAGACGAGGAUGAAGACAACGAUUUCGAUCCGGAUGAUGAGGAGAAUGGUGUUAGCAUGAAGUCUGUGGUCAACUUGGCCAAGAUGUUUAGCACCCUCAUUAUGGACGGCAGCCUGACACUGAGCAUUUUGAAGAAUCUCAACUUCGCAUACCUGCAGCCCAAGACUAAGACAUUUGUCGAAGUUUUGAUCAUCAGUAUCAUUCAACAAUCCCAAAAGUCCAAGAAGAAGAAGAAGUCCAAGAGCUCCACGCCAGAUGAGCCUGAGAAGAAUGAAGGGCCUUUGAUGCAAAUCUUCCUGCGUGUCAAGGAGACACCACACAUUGCCAAGGGCCUUAUCUAUUUCGUGCGAAAGGUUGUGGCGAAGAGUGAUAUUGUGUCCUCCGAGGAACUUAAACUAGUUCGGUGGGGAUGCAAUGUGGCUGCGGAUGCCCUUAAGGCUGUGGCAGACUAA